AUGGAGUGUAUAUAUCGUUUACCAUUUUUAGCAUUAGAAGUACCUAAUUUAAAAUUAAAAAGACCAUCAUGGUUUGUGAAACCUAAUGCUAUGGUAGUUUUCUCGUUUAUACUUUUAUCAUAUUUUCUAGUAACUGGAGGUAUAAUAUAUGAUGUAAUUGUGGAACCACCUAGUGUGGGAUCAACAACAGAUGAACAUGGUCAUACAAGACCUGUUGCAUUUAUGCCAUACCGUGUAAAUGGUCAGUAUAUUAUGGAAGGAUUAGCAUCUAGUUUCCUUUUUACUCUAGGUGGAAUUGGUUUCAUAGUGCUAGACCAAACGCAUAGUCCAUCUACUCCAAAACUUAAUAGAAUUCUUUUAAUAUGUGUUGGAUUUAUUAGUGUUACUGUAUCUUUUAUUACCUGUUGGAUUUUCAUGAGGAUGAAAUUACCGGGAUAUUUACAAUCUUAA